AUGACCCGUAGCCAGUCGGGAGGUUUAUUGCCGUUGAAUCCAGAGAUUGAACGCACCUGUCGCCAACUCAGGAGCCAACAACGAGCUAGACUGGCUACGGAAGAGCGCAUAGACGACCACCUGAGCAGCAAUUCUGAGGAAGAGUACAGGAUGGACGGAGAUUACAAUCAGCACCAGGGGAAUCCUCAGCAGGCUCCCCCGGUGAAUCAGGUCCUGGGGAACAACCCCAUACCCCAGGAUCAUGGGGUUCAUCAUCAUCACCCGCCGCCGGGUCCCACCUUGGAGUACUACUACACUCCACGGAUUGCUGACAUCCGCCCGGUCAUCCUCUACCCGCCUAUUCCAGCAAACAACUUGGAGAUCAAGCCAUGCUGGAUUCAGCUCAUUACAUCUUCUAUCCAGUUCCAUGGAUUGAAGGAUGAGGAGGCCAGGGUACAUCUUUCCCGUUUUCUGCAGCUGACAAACGGGUUCAAACUGAAUGGUGUCCCUGAUGAUGCAAUCCGCCUUCAUCUCUUCCCCCAUUCUCUGGCGGGGAAUGCUAAGAGGUGGUUGGAGACCCGGCCCCCAUUGUCCAUCACCUCUUGGGACGAUCUGGCUGACAAAUUCGUGCACAGGUACUAUCCAGCAUCGAAGACUACAGAGAUCCAGCUUGAGAUCACUCACUUCCGCCAAGAGCCAGAUGAGUCACUUCGUGAUGCAUGGGAGCGGUACAUGGGAUAUUUCUGGCAGUGUCCCCAUCAUGGCUUUAGUGAUGCAUUCACAGUGGGGAACUUCUACAGUGCUCUCUCUCCAGAUAGCCAGAGGGUGAUUGAGUCUCUAUGCCCAGGAGGGGAUAUUCUUACUAAGACUCCACCCAAGCUGAACCAGAUGAUCAAUACCUUGGCUGCCAGAGAUCAUUCUUGGGGACAGAGCAGCAGAGGCAGACAUUCCCGGGACCGUGGUGUGCACGCCAUGGAGACCUGA